AUGGUCCAAGUGCAAAAAUCACCACCAUCUUCCACCACAACCACCUCGGCCUUUCACCAUCAUCGCCUUCCACCACCGCCCCCACCACCAACUUUCACCACCAUCUACCGCUUUCCACUACCACCACCGUCUUUCACCACCUACAUUGUCUUCCCUUGUCGUAAUCACCGCCACUACCACCGGCUUUCACCACCAUUACUGCUUUCCACCACCAGCACCGUCGCCUUUCACCACAGCCACCGCCUUCCACCACCAUUAUUGCUAUCGCCUUUCACCUCCGCUACUGCCUUCCACUGCCAUAACCUUACACCACCGCCGCCUCUGCCACCACCACCGUUGGCAUUGCCACCGCCACUGCCUUUCACCUCCUUCCAGUAG